UGCACCGUUUAAGAGUUGAAUGGAGUCGACUUUGUCUCUUGUGUGCGCAGGCAUGAUGAUGUUUGGCAGGCGGCACUUGUGCCUCCUCUUCUUCCUGGCCGUGUGCUGGCCCCGCUGCCUCGCCCAGACGCCGACGCCGCCCGCCACCCUUCGCCCGUCUCCGUCCCCGUCGCCCUUGCAGGACCAGACGGAGAGGCUAAAGAUCCGACUGGCGGGAUUCCCGCGCAAGCACAACGAGGGCCGCGUGGAGCUCUUCUACAAGGGCGAGUGGGGCACCAUCUGCGACGACGACUUCUCCAUCUCCAACGCCAACGUGCUGUGUCGACAGCUGGGAUUCGUCGAGGCCACCGGAUGGACGCACAGUGCCAAAUACGGGAAGGGGCAAGGCAAAAUCUGGCUGGACAACGUGCAGUGCGGCGGCGGCGAGCGGAGCGUCGCCGCGUGCAAAUCUCGCGGCUGGGGCAACAGCGACUGCACUCACGACGAGGACGCCGGCGUGGUGUGCAAAGACGAGAGGAUUCCAGGAUUCGUUGACACCAACGUCAUCGAGGCUCACGUGGAGGAGAACAAGUUGGAGGAGGUGCGUCUGCGCGCGGUGGUGGCGGCGGCCAAGAAGCGUCUGCCCGUCACGGAGGGCGUCCUGGAGGUCAAGUACAAGGACGGCUGGGCGCAGGUGUGCGACGCCGGCUGGACGGCCAAGAACACGCGCGUGGUCUGCGGCAUGCUGGGAUUCCCUCAAGAGAAAAAGUUCAACAAGAACUUCUACAGACGUUUGAGAAAGCGCGCCGCCGAGAGGCUCUCCAGGUCAAAGGUUAAAGCCUCGGCAGGGGCCAGGCAGACAGCUAAAGCUAACGCUAACGCUAAGUCUAAACAGAGCAGCGCCAACUCAAGGUUGUUUUUGGAGCGUCAGAAGAACGUGUACCGCGUGCACUCGGUGGCGUGCGCGGGCACGGAGGUGCACCUGGCCGCCUGCCCCAUGGAGUUCAACGGGCCCAACGGCACCGCCUCGUGCCGCGGCGGCUCCCCCGUCGUCGUCAGCUGCAUGCCGGGGCCGCUCUUCGCGCAGCAGCAGAACGGCGGACUCAAGAAGAGAGCCAAAACUUCGAGCACAGUGAGGCUGAAGGGCGGGGCCCGCCUCGGCGAGGGCCGCGUGGAGGUGCUGAAGAGCGGCGAGUGGGGCAGCGUAUGCGACGACCGCUGGAACCUGCAGUCGGCCAGCGUGGUGUGCAGGGAGCUCGGCUUCGGCAGCGCCAAGGAGGCCAUGACGGGGGCGCGCAUGGGCCAAGGAGUGGGACCCAUCUACAUGAAUGAGGUGAAGUGCUCGGGUUACGAGCGUUCCAUCUGGAACUGCCCGUUCAAGAACAUCACGUCGGAGGACUGCCGGCACACGGAGGACGCCGCCGUGCGCUGCAACGUUCCCUACAUGGGCCUGGAAAAUUCGAUCCGCCUCGGAGGGGGGCGCACCCGCUACGAGGGCCGCGUGGAGGUCCUGGGCGUGGACGCCAACGGCACGCGAGGCUGGGGUCUGAUCUGUGGCGAGACCUGGACCACCAAGGAGGCCAUAGUGGCUUGCAGGCAGCUAGGCCUGGGCUACGCUAACCAGGCUAACCAAAUCCGGCUAGUGGGCGGCCGCAGCACGUACGAGGGCCGGGUGGAGGUUCGGGUGGGCUCCAGGUGGGGUACGGUGUGCAGCGCAGGCUGGACCACCAGGGAGGCCAUGGUGGCGUGCAGGCAGCUCGGCCUUGGCUACUCCAUGCACGCCAUCACCGAAACGUGGUACUGGGACAGCAGCAACGUGACCGAGAUGAUUUUGAGCGGCGUCAAGUGCACCGGAAACGAGAUGUCGCUGACGCAGUGCCAGCGACACAAGACGCUCAGUUGCCAGAAAGCCGCCGCCAAGUUCGCCGCCGGCGUCAUCUGCUCAGAAACGGCGUCCGACCUGGUCCUGAACGCCACGCUGGUGCAACAGUCGGUCUACAUCGAGGACCGGCCCCUGCACAUGCUCUACUGCGCGGCGGAGGAGGACUGCCUGUCCAAGACGGCCGCCAAGGCCAACUGGCCCUACGGUCACCGCCGCCUCUUGCGCUUCUCCUCCCAGAUCCACAACAUCGGCCGCGCCGACUUCAAGCCCAAAGCUGGACGCCACUCGUGGGUGUGGCACGCCUGUCACGGACAUUACCACAGUAUGGACAUUUUCACCCACUACGAUCUCCUGAACGCCAACGGAACCAAAGUGGCCGAGGGGCACAAAGCCAGUUUCUGUCUGGAAGACUCCGACUGCGAGGAAGGCGUUUCCAAGCGGUAUGAGUGCGCCAACUUUGGCGACCAGGGCAUCACGGUGGGCUGCUGGGACAUGUACCGCCACGACAUUGACUGCCAGUGGAUCGACAUCACCGACGUCAAACCCGGAAAUUACAUCAUGCAGGUGGUGAUCAACCCUAACUUGGAAGUGGCCGAGAGCGACUUCACCAACAAUGCCAUGAAGUGCAACUGCAAGUAUGACGGCCAUCGGAUCUGGUUCCACAAUUGCCACGUUGGCGAUGCCUUCAGUGAGGAGGCGGAGAGAAGAUUCGACAAGUACCCAGGACAGUUGAACAACCAGAUUUCUUAAUCCAAACCACAGACGGCUGGCGCGGCGGACAUUUUGUGGAGCGGACGUCAUUUUUUUUUCGACUGGAUGUCAUGAGGCUUUGGUGAGGGAAGUUUCCAUUUUGAAAAUCCGUCUUUGGAGCUGUUUUUACACAUAUGUUUUUAUCUUUUUUGUGAAUGUAUUUAUUACGUGUUAAAAGGUGCUCGAGAGAUACCCAAGAUUGUCUUGUGAGGUGCUGCGCUGUUUUAUUUUAUUUUUUAGGAUUUUAUGACAAAGGAUUGGACAACAACAACAACAAAAAAAUCAAUAAAUGGCUGUAUGUACACUGAUGCAAUCA